AUGAUUUCAUUUACUAAAAUAUCUUUAUUUUUCAUAAUACUUUAUUUUAAACACAAUCUUGCCUAUUGUUUCAUCAGUAAUUACAAUUUACACCCUUUAACUAACACAUUCAAUUCGUCAAAUUUCAAAAGAGAGAAUCGUAGGAAGGUGCUAAAAUAUGUAGCUGAACAGGUGUAUAAGGACCACAAUCACGGGUCAAUACACUUGAAGGCCUUGGAAGCUCCCAAAAGUGAGUUCUUUAGGCGCAUUAAUCACUUCUUCUCUGACGCACCCGAAAGCGGCUACACACAGCACAGAUCGCAAACACAUAUUGUACAGUCUAACACAUUCAGGGACGCUCUGGUAGCGAACACCGGCACGCUGAUAAUGGUCAUGAUAUACCUGAUUAAAAUUUACAGGCUUCUCCUGUUCGCGCGGUUCCUGAUGGACUCGCUCACCAACAUCAACCCGUUCCUGCCGCCCUUCUCGUUCAUCUACGAGACCACCAACUUCUACACCAAGUUGGUCGAGUCGUUUCCCACCGUGAUGGGCGUCAACGUCUUCUCGGAUAUCCCCUGGUUCAUUUUAAACAACAUCGACAACUAUCUCACGUCGCUAAUCACGCAUAUAAACUAA